GAGCCUUGAGCCAUGAAGGAAUGCUCAGAUGUCAUCCUGUGUGUGGAGGCGACAGAACUGAGCAAGACUGAGUUCUGCAAUCCUGCUUUUGAGCCUGAAUUGGAGCCACCUUGCCAUCCAGCAGCCUUCCGGGACGAUGCCAGCCACAGCAUCCCAGCUCCCCGGCAUGGCCGGCGCUCCCGAGGGCUGCAGCCAGACUGCCACUUCUCCUGGCUGUGCGUCCUCCUGCUGGCCAGCCUGCUGCUCCUGCUGCUUGGGCUCCUGGUGGCCGUCAUUCUGGCCCAGUUGCGGGCUACACCCCUGUCUGGGGCCUCUACACCACUGCCUGCCCAAGGCCUGACCCCCAGUGGGACCACUCCCCCAACCCCCCCCAGCCCUUCCACCACCACCACGUCUCCAGCAUCUGGGAAUCCCAAAGGACAGCCGGAGGAGGCAGGCAUGAGCCCCUCGCCCCAGCCCACCUGUGGGGGCCUCCUUCCUGGCCCAAGGGGCUUCUUCAGCAGCCCCAAUUACCCAGACCCUUACCCACCCAACGCCCACUGCGUGUGGCAUAUCCAGGUGGCAGCAGACCACGCAAUACAGCUCAAGAUUGAGGCGCUCAGCAUGGAGAGUGUGGCCUCCUGUCUUUUCGAUCGCUUGGAAAUCUCCCCUGAGCCUGAAGGGCCCCUCCUCAGAGUGUGUGGGAGGGUGCCUCCCCCCACACUGAACACCAACGCCAGCCGUCUGCGGGUGGCCUUCGUCUCCGACAGCAGCGUGGAAGGAUUUGGCUUCCAUGCCUGGUACCAGGCUGUGGCUCCCGGCACCGGGAGCUGUGCUCCUGACGAGUUCCCCUGUGACCAGCUCCUCUGCCUGCUGCCUGACUCAGUGUGCGAUGGUUUUGCCAACUGUGCUGAUGGCAGCGAUGAGACCGACUGCAGUGCCAAGUUCUUGGGGUGCGGGGGGAAUCUGACUGGGCUCCAGGGCACUUUCUCUGCCCCGGGCGACCUGCAGAGCUACCCUCACCAGCAGCUCUGCACCUGGCACAUCUCCGCGCCCGCGGGACACGGCCUAGAGCUGCGCUUCCACAACUUUAGCCUGCAAGCCCAGGAACAGUGCAAGCUGGACUACGUGGCCGUGUAUGAGGCCAGCGACGCGGGGGCCCUUGGCCUCCUGGGCAGGUUCUGCGGAGCAGAGCCUCCACCUCGCCUCAUCUCCUCGCACCAGCAGCUGGUGGUGCUCUUCAGGACAGACCGCGGCAUCAGCACCGGGGGCUUCUCUGCCACCUACCGGGCCCUCAAUAGCACUGAGAAUCCCUGUGGCCCCAGAGAGUUCUCCUGCCGCGAUGGAGAGUGUAAGAGUCUGCAGUGGACGUGUGACACAUGGAGACGCUGCCUGGACAGUGGUGAUGACAGCUGCAGCAGCCCCUUGUUCCCACCCCCAGAGCUGGCUUGUGAGCCCGUCCAGGUGGAGAUGUGCACUGGCCUGAGCUACAACACCACGGCCUUCCCGAACAUCUGGGUGGGCAUGGCCACCCAGGAGGAGGUGGUGGAGAUCCUCAGAGGUUAUAAGAGCCUGACGAGUCUGCCCUGCUAUCAGAGUUUCCGGAGGCUUCUCUGCGGACUGCUUGUGCCCCACUGCACUCCCAUAGGCAGUGUCCUUCCCCCCUGCCGCUCUGUCUGCCAGGAGGCUGAGCGCCAGUGCCAGUCUGGCCUGGCUCUACUGGGUACCCCCUGGCCUUUCAACUGCAACAGGCUGCCCGAGGCGGCUGGCCUGGAGGCCUGUGCCCAGCCCUGACCCCAGGCCGGGCCCCU